GAAUUUUGUAAUUUGGGCCGCUUCAACUCGGUGCGUCGUUGGACGGCGAAGCCGGGCACAUCUUGGAAACCAACGGACGUGGGCCCAAUACGCUCCUUCUUGAUCCCCCUGCAACCGGAUACACGUGUAUUCUCGGGCCAUGGAGCAACCAGCUACCGAACACGCAGCGCAAGCGGAAGCGCAAGCGCAAGCACAACCUCAAGCCGAGCUGCAGAGCGAGACUGUGCAUGUUCCGCCAUCAUCAUCGCCAGCCCAGGCGACGACGACCACGACGACCAAGACGGCCACGACGCCACCCAAGCUUGUGCAUUCACUGGUUAUCGAUGCAAACGCCAUAAUAAAAAAUGACCCCACCGUUUCUACAUUGCUUGCCCAGGCUGAGGAGCUCUUCACUAUCCCCGCAGUGGUCUCAGAGAUCCGCGAUGAGGCGACAAGGUCUCGGUUCGAGACGACUUUGUCGCCGUUCUUAAAGCUCCGCAACCCCCGCCCCGAGUCUGUGCAGUUCGUCACCGACUUCGCGCGGAGGACCGGCGACCUCCAGGGCCUGUCGAAGCCCGAUCUCCACCUCCUCGCCCUCACCUACGACCUGGAAGUGGAGAGGAAUGGAGGCGACUGGCGCUUAAGACGAGAGCCGAACCAGAAGGGCGUUAACGGGAAGCCGCCGGGCAAGGAAGAAGCCAAUGUGGAGGAGCCGGGUCAGGGCGCGACAGAAGGAAACACCACUUCCGAGGCCGCGGUUAUUACCACUACAGAUGUGGCCAGAGGUCAGGGGAGUGGCUCGCUCGACGGCACAGGGGAAACCAGUGACCCCGCAGCAGACGCAACAAGCGAGGAGGUGGAACACAAGCUACAAAAACUUGGCGUGAACGAACCUGCGCCACAAAGGACUGAUGUGGUGGCAGAGGAUGAGGAAGAGGCAACAGAAGAAGAGGACGAUGGCGAGGGCGAAUGGAUAACGCCGAGCAACAUCAAAAAGUACCAGGCGCGGGAAAACGCCCUAACAACACCGCAGCCGGUCGAGCGUGUGCUCCAAGCCGCCCUCAUAACUGCAGAUAUGGCUAUGCGGAAUGUGGCCCUAAGGAUAAACCUCAACCUUUUGGAUUCCGGUUUCUCGCGCAUUACUUAUCUCAAAACGUGGGUCCUGAGGUGUCAUGGCUGCUUCAAGGUGUGCAAGGACAUGUCGAAGCAGUUCUGCCCGUCUUGUGGCCAGGCGACCUUGACACGGGUCUCGUGCAGCACGGACGCCGCCGGGAACUUCACGCUCCACCUGAAGAAGAACUUCCAGUUCAACAACCGGGGCAACGUGUACAGCAUCCCGAAGCCGACGCACGGCUCGGCGAGCGGGAAGGGGAACCACGUCAAAGGGGGCGGCAAGAACGGGUGGGGGAGAGAACUGAUCCUGGCAGAGGACCAGAAGGAGUAUAUCAAGAAGAUGGACGAACAGCGCCGGACAAAGUACCGCGACCUCAUGGACCAGGACUACCUGCCGGGCAUCCUGACCGGGGCCAGGACUUCGGGGAGCGGCAGGAUCAAGGUCGGCGCGGGCCGCAACGUCAACGCCAAAAAGAGGAGGUGAUGUGUAUCCACCG